CGAGAGGCGGAAGUGGAGGUUGUUGCGGCUCGGCCGGCUGCGCGAGAGGGGCUGCCGCUGUUGAGGCGGCGGCCGCGGCUCUGAGGCGGUGGCGGUGCUGCCGACCGCGGGCCGCUCGGCCUCUGGGCUUGGCCCGCAGCCUUCCCUCAGCCCACCGGGGCCCACGCCGACCAGCGCCAGUCCUAUGAGUGUGUCACUGGUGGUCAUCCGACUGGAGCUCGCGGGUCACUCGCCGGUCCCCGCCGACUUCGGCUACAGCGCCGCCGCUGGAGAGAUGUCCGAUGAGGAGAUCAAAAAGAAGACAUUGGCUUCAGCUGUCGCCUGUCUAGAAGGGAAGUCAGCAGGGGAAAAAGCAGCACUCAUCCACCAGCACCUUGGCCGUCGGGAAAUGACUGAUGUGAUUAUUGAGACCAUGAAGGCCAGCUCAGAUGAAUUAAGAGACACAAUUGAAGAAAAGAAGUCUUCCGCAGCCCCCGUCUCUGCACAGAGAAGUAGAGAGCAGAGUGAGUCUGUGAACACAGCCCCAGAGUCUCCAUCCAAACAGCUCCCAGACCAGAUUUCCUUCUUCAGUGGCAACCCUUCGGUUGAAAUAGUCCACGGCAUUAUGCACCUGUACAAGACAAAUAAGAUGACCUCCCUAAAAGAAGAUGUGCGGCGCAGUGCCAUGCUGUGUGUCCUCACCGUCCCUGCCACCAUGACCAGUCAUGACCUUAUGAAGUUUGUUGCCCCAUUCAAUGAUGUAAUUGAACAAAUGAAAAUCAUCAGGGACUCUACUCCGAAUCAGUAUAUGGUGCUGAUCAAGUUCAGUGCACAGGCUGAUGCAGAUAGCUUCUACAUCGCAUGCAACGGCCGCCAGUUCAACUCAAUCGAAGAUGAUGUCUGCCAGCUGGUCUAUGUGGAAAGAGCUGAAGUGCUGAAAUCUGAGGAUGUGAGUGUGAGGACUUCUCACAUAUGUCCUGUGUGCCGGUACUGUCAAACGCCAGAGCCUGUGGAAGAAAACAAGUGUUUUGAGUGUGGUGUUCAGGAAAACCUCUGGAUUUGUUUAAUAUGCGGACACAUAGGCUGUGGGCGGUAUGUGAGUCGGCAUGCUUACAAGCACUUUGAGGAGACCCAGCACACGUAUGCCAUGCAGCUCACCAACCAUCGAGUCUGGGACUAUGCUGGAGAUAAUUAUGUCCAUCGACUGGUUGCAAGCAAGACGGAUGGAAAGAUCGUUCAGUACGAGUGUGAGGGCGACACCUGCCAGGAAGAGAAGAUAGAUGCCUUACAGUUAGAGUAUUCAUACUUGCUGACAAGCCAGCUGGAAUCGCAGCGGAUAUACUGGGAAAACAAAAUUGUGCGCAUAGAGAAGGACACAGCAGAGGAGAUUAACAACAUGAAGACCAAGUUUAAAGAGACCAUCGAGAAGUGUGACAGCCUAGAGCUCAGGCUCAGUGACCUCUUGAAGGAGAAGCAGUCUGUGGAAAGGAAGUGCACUCAGCUGAACACCAGAGUGGCCAAGCUCAGCACGGAGCUGCAGGAGGAACAGGAGCUGAACAAGUGUCUGCGCGCCAACCAGCUGCUGCUGCAGAACAAGCUCAAGGAGGAGGAGAAGCUGCUAAAGGAAACCUGUGCCCAGAAGGACCUGCAGAUCACCGAGAUCCAGGAGCAGCUACGUGAUGUCAUGUUCUACCUGGAGACACAGCAGCAGAUCAGCCACCUGCCUGCGGAGACGAGGCAGGAGAUCCAGGAAGGCCAGAUCAACAUUGCCAUGGCCUCUGCCCCCAACCCACCCUCUUCCGGUGCUGGAGGGAGGCUGCAGUCCAGGAAGGGCCGCAGCAAGAGGGGCAAGUGACCAUCAGAGAUGUGUCCCUGAGACUUCCUGGGCACCACAGAGUGUGCUGGGACCUUUGCUGAGCGGGAGGGUGGGCCCUAAUAAGUACGUCUGAGGACGAACUGUGGUCGUGUGGCUCCUUCAUUUGUUGCGUGUGGUGUGAGGAGAUUAAAAGUGGGGGAAGUGUUGGCAACACUUUCCAAGCGUGAAUCACAGAGCUCAGACACCUCCUGACCAUUCUGCCGUCCAGCUGGGUAGCCCCCAGGCUUGUGCAGUUCUCCAUUGUAUUUAUUCAGUUGGAGCACUUGCAGUUGGGUUCCAGGGUAAAUCUAUGACAUGAUGACCUUCCGAGCACUAAGGAAAUUCCAGCAUUGCCUAGCACUAAAGCACAGUGCCUCCCAGAGGCCCCAGCUGCCUUCAGGAGAGGAGCCUGCUGACAACUGCAGAGGAUCUCUCCUGCCAUCCAUCCCUCCCUUCCCCUACAGAGUUGGAGAGCUGCUUGCAUGUUAGAGAAGGGGCUAGGUUGUAAACCAGGCACAGGCUUGUCCUCAGCAGCCUGGCUUGAGGGCAGGAAAUACUAGCAGCUGGCAGACAGAAUAGACCCAGUGUAGGGAAGAUGGCGACAACUCUCUUUAUUUCUGACCACUCCAUCCGAAAUGUGCCUGUCCAAUAAGAAAAGCCUUACUGGCUCCUCCUCAGCUCAGGUGACUGAGUCCUCCAUCUAGCAGGAGUCCGCAAGCCUAUGGAGAGGCCUCUGGCAAGCUGACGUGUGUUGCUGGGGUCAGUGUAAACUGACUGUUUACAGGCGGGGCUGCAUGUUGAUGUCGCAGCUAGAGGGAGCUUGGGCAGAUUUCAGUUACUCUUUUAUGAUAGUUUCAAAGGCUGCUUCUCACUCCAGAAACUAGCUUCAGCAGAGCCUCUUCCAAACAGCCAUACAAUACUUACCGUGAUGAACAGUGGGCUGUGUGCCUCUCUCUAGAGCCAGGAACAUCAGGUAGCUUGGAACAAAUUAAUUGAACAGAACUAAGGGGACACCAUGUUGGGAUUUAGCUUCUAGAAGAGCCCAGGCAGUUGACAGCAGUAUGUAGUAAGUACAGUUUAAUUUUCUGCUUUAUCAUCAGCCAAAGGUUUAAAAUGUCACACUUUAGGGACUUUUUUUUUUUUUUCCGACUGUCUGGACCUUGUCCUUUGACCGGAAUGUCUGACAUGUCACCACGUUGCCUGUGUUGCUAAUCACCAUCCAGUUCUGUGGAAUAUGCUGUAGCAUUUCCCAAAACCCCACCUGUACAGUGAGUAUGCUCAGACUCAACCUCUGUGGCUGACUCUUCCUUGGGCAGGCCAGCACUCCAGAUCCUCAGGCCCGAGCCACACAGGCACCUGGAGCAGCCUCUUACAGAGCUUCUAUUUUAUCUAGGAGAGUUUUACACUGUUACAGUCUUGCCAGCUCAGCCCUGCUUGUCUUGCACAUCUGACCUUGUAGAAGCUGGGGUGGGUGGUAGCAUGCUAAUUAAGAAGUAGUUUUCAAAGCUGGCUCCCCACCCAGCAGACCCGCUGCCCAGUGGAGAGCAGCACUUCACCACACAGGUUGGGAAAAAUGCCUGGGAAGGCUGUGGCCAGAGGAAGCAGUCAAUGGGCAAAGGUUUCCAAACUACUUGAAGGUCUUUUAAAAAUGUUCCAAGAAAACAAAAAUCAAGAUGUGUAAAUAAAAUGUUAUUUUAAAAGGUCAAA